AUGGCGGUCAAAAUUCAAGAAGAAUUGAAGAUCUCCGUCCACCAGCGUCGAGAUAAUGCAGGCGAAGAGAAGAGGAACAAGGCAUUGAAGAAAGCCAUCGCCUUUGCCAAAUACCCUCUCCUGGUGAACGUCAUCUAUUUCGGUUGGAGAUGGUUCAACGUUCUGAGCAACAUUCGCGUCUCAAGCGGCGCGGAAUCUGCUGCAUGGAUUGCAUUUCUUUUGGUUGAAGGUACCUUUGCAGUGAGCGCUCUACUGAAUGCUCUUCUGGUCUCUGGAUUGGGCAAGAAAUGGACCCCGCAGAAGCAUCUACGAAUUCAAGGCAGUGAUGUGCCAUGCGUUGAUGUAUUCCUUCCAUGCUACGGUGAAAGCCUUCAAAUCAUCUCGGAUACGGUCAAUGCCGCGAUUAAGCAAGACUACCCUGCAGACAAGUUCCGCGUUGUCAUUCUGGACGAUGGUGGAUCGAGURCUGUGCGCGACCUCAUCGCGGAGAUCAAGAAGAAGAACCCAUCUAUCCAGCUCCAUUAUGGUGCUCGAGGCGCCGCAGUGAAGAUCCACUCGAAGGCUGCCAACAUUUGCUUCGGCUUGGACCUGGUGAAGGAACUUCCAGGAGGUGCAGCACCAUACUUCGGAGUCCUCGAUAUUGAUAUGAUUCUUGGUCCAGAAUGGCUCCGCGCUACCGUACCUUUCCUCGAAGAAGACGACGGCGUUGCACUGGCAGGCUCUCCUCAAAAGUUUUACAACCUGCCUCACGGCUUCUGUCUUGCUCCUCGUUUCCUACUGGAAAGCGAUGUGCUGCAGCGAUUGUUCGAUAGCUCUGGCAAGGCAGUGUGUCAAGGCACAGGAUACCUGGGUCGCGUAUCCGCUUUCGACUCCAUUGGUGGAUUCCCAACAAUGGUCAAACAAGAGGACAGCUUCAUCGUCAGCAUCAUCCUGGGAGCACACGGCUGGAGAUGUCGCAUUCUCGAAGAGGAGCAUCAACAUGGAUUGAACGCUCUGAGCUACACUGACAUGGCCAAGCUCCAAACGAAAUGGAUGACAGGAAUCAUGCACGCAUACUCUUUGUUCACUCACCCAGUGAUGUCCGACAAGCCUGUUGGCAAGAGGGUGGCUGGUCUCAUUCCCGUCCUUCACUUGACCAUCUUCAGGUUGUUCUUGAUUGUCUCGCUCCCCACGAUCAUCCUGCUAUCACGAAGCUCUUCCGUGGUCCCAAACAACAACUCUGGCAACUUUUUUAUCACCUUGGUUCUGGCUUUCCUGGCCCACUCCACCGUCUAUGUCCAGUCCUGGAUCCUUUCCGAUGCUGCUGAGGGUAAAAUCGGGCUUGACGAUGGAACCCGGCUUUGGAACCUCCCCUAUCAGUUGAAAGGUAUCCUCUGGCUCGCACAGCACUCCAUAUUCGGCGAGAACAAAAUGAAGAGCUUCUUGACCACUGGAGCCGACUGUGAACUCAGCCGCAAACUUGCAAGCUCUGGCUUCUUCGGACGACUUACUCGCACGGUUGUGUUCGACGGCGCUUGGAUGCAUAUGGCGUAUCUCUCCGUCCUCAGCUACGUCCUCUAUUUGACGAUCUCGGAGACAUCAAACGCAAGUCUGCUUAUUGCUUCCGUGGCGUAUCCACCAUUCACCAAGAUUCUGAUUGACUGCCUGUACAACUCCGUCACACCAGUCAUUUACUGCUUGUCAACCGACCCGAAUCUGAUCACAAGAGAAUCACGACUGGAGAGGGAUGAGAAGACUGGUGUUGCGAGACCACUUCUGUCGGCGAUUACGCCACCACAGUCUACUUUCUGGGGAACUUUGGGUAUCUCGGGUACAACAUGGCUGUACUUUGCCGUCGCACCUGCGUGGGCAGCGUUGAGUUGA